ACAUUGAUUAAAAAAACUUUGAAGAUCAUUUUACGUCAUUUUCAUAUAAUGAUGUCUCGUUUUUUUUACGUUCUCACUGAUUAAAGCUUAUUACGGCUUCUGUAAAAACAUCGACGCACAAAAGAGGACGGCUGAGGUGACCCGGGAACUUUUGUGACGGUCUCUGUUUCUAGUGGGAGAAAAUGAAACGGGCACCAAAACCGGAAACGCUCUCAGAUUGUAAACAAUGCUGCGAGUGACUAAGUAUUUGAUAUAAACAUUAAAGCAGUGGUUGCGGUGAUGAGCAGAAACACAGCGGACCGUUUGGCUGACAUGUCUAAAGCCGAGGAACUGCGGGAGUUUGUUACAGAGAAGCUUGCCGCCGCCUCCCGGGAGAUCUUAGCGGCUGUGGACAGACUGGUGGCCGGGUACGAGGAGGAGGCUUCGGGCUUCAGACAGGAGAUCGACCGGCAGAAGAGACAGCUGGAGAUCAAAGUGCAGCAGGAGCUUCAGUCCUGUUGAGGAAGAGGAGGGUGAGAAAGAAGAGUCUCAUGAGAAUCUGCAGACUGCGGACAUAACCGGUCCAUCAAGGUCUUCACCACACCAGUGUGAGACAGAAAGAAGAAAUCUUGCCAGAGCUCAGAACCACAUAGACCUCAAGAUCAGCAUCCUGGAGCACUCUCAGACCAGCCUGCUCUUGAAAAAUGUCCUGAAGAAAUGUCCAGUCCUGAAGCUGAAGUGUCCGCGGGGACAGAAGGAGGCGGACUUCCUGAACCUGCUAAGAUCCACCUGCCCGCAGCUGGCCGGAGACAACAAACCUUUUGACAUCUUAACGUUGGACAAGAAGCGUAAAUUACAACCUCUGAAACUGGAGACGCUGACGCCAGAGGAGAUCCACAGAAGCAUUAUGGGAUGGGGGCGGUCUACGGUCUACAUUCGACUGAAGACUCAAGAGGUGCAUCAGCCCAGAGAAGAAGACCUUCAUCGUCUUCAAACUGAAAACAUGAACUCUGUUGUCUUAACUAAUGAUGAGACCAGACAACAGACGAGCAGCCUUGCCCAAGAGGUUGAUGGCAGGAAAUCAGAGAUUGCGUCUGGCAGAGAAGAAAAUGAGAUAGAAAUGGGAGAAGCUGAUAGUGAAGAACCUGCUGCAGAUCUUAUAGCCGGCUCUUCAGCUGAGGGGAAAGAAAGUUUCAGGAACUGCAACAAAAGGAAAGAAGAAAAAGUAGAAAGGAAUGAUAAGUCCAAAAAUGAACUGAAGAGUUGUGAUUCCAAAAUGCAGUCCAGGGUGUCAAAAAAGCAAAAGAUCAGACAUCCUGGCGUCACUCGGACUAAGACUGAGAAAAGUGUUGCUAAUCUUUCCUGCUUGGUCUGUGGAGCUCUGCACAUGUCAGAAGUUAUGCUUGUUAAACAUGCCUGGAGUCACGGAAACGAUCCAGGAAGUGUUUGCGGAGCAUGCGGAGAGCGCUCAGAGUCUGUGGAGGUCUUAAAGGAUCAUCUUCAAAGUCGACACAAAACUGAUGACUGUCACAUCUGUGGAGAGUCUUUCCUUAGUGCUCUCAGCCUCGACGAGCACGUAGCCUGCCACUCGGGGGAGAAACCAUACAAAUGUGAUGUUUGCCAUAAUGAAUUUGCACUAAAGGCUUCCCUGGAGGAUCAUCGAAAACUUCACGAGGAGGGGAAGCGCCACAAAUGUCUCACCUGUCAUAAAGUGUUUGAACUCAAAGAGCAGUUAAAGGCUCAUCACAGGACUCACAGCAACAGGAAGACACACCUCUGCGGUGUGUGCGGUAAAUCCCUCUGCGACUACAGAUCGUUGUCCCGCCACAAAAUGACCCAUUCUGGGGAAAGACCCCACAGCUGUAAGAUUUGCGGGAGGCGUUUUAAACUUCCUGGGACUCUGAGGCAACACGAGAAGAUUCACACAAACAGAGAGAGGUCAUACCUCUGUGACAUUUGCUGCAAAAUGUUCCUGACUAGUGCGCAGCUGGAGAUCCACAUGAGGAUUCACACCAACGAAAAGCCGUAUCACUGCAGCGAGUGUGGCAAGGGAUUCAGCACCAAGGGCCCGUUGACCGUUCACAAGCGGGUCCACAGCGGGGAGACGCCCUACCACUGCCCAGACUGCGGCUGGUCCUUCAAACGCAAGACCAACCUAGACAACCACUUAGUGCUUCACUCGGG